AUGCGCCAAGACGAAGUCGGACUCAAUGGCUGGACCAGCAUGCCCGCCAAUGCUGGCGCCAUCUUUGGUGAUAGGCCUUUCAUCAAUGCACCAGACGCCUUGUCGAUCGAUAACCCUGUCGUCGCAAAGACCUUGGAAUACACCAAGUCCGGUCUCCCCACCGAAACACCCAAUCACUCUAUGAGAGUUUACUACUAUGGAAUGGCCAUAACCAAGCAGCAAUUCCCCAAGCAAGCCGCUACCCUCAACUGCAGUACCUGGGCUUUGACCUGCUUACUGCACGAUCCCGGUACCGCUAAAGAAGACCUAACGGCCACUCGUAUGUUCGAUAUCUAUGGCGGUAUUAAGGCUCUACAUAUUCUCAAGGAAUUUGGUGCUUCCUCAGACCAGGCCGAGGCAGCCUCUGAAGCCAUCAUCCGACAUGAGGACACGGGUGUUGACGGAACAAUCACCUACAUCAGCCAGCUAAUCCAGCUAGCGACUACCUACGAUAACACUGGAAUUCGUCCUCAUGUCAAGGACUUCGGGAAGUUGAUUCAUGAUGAAACUCGCGCCAAAAUCAAUGAAGCCCACCCGCGACUGAAGUGGUGCACAUUCUUUUCCGGAGUUAUCCGAAAGGAAGAGACGAUUAAGCCUUGGUGUCAUUCGACGCAUCUUGUCAACUUUGACGAAGAGAUUGAGGACAACGCUUUGAUGAAGCCAUGGGAGUAAAGUACUUUUUCUUGUCAGCACUCUCGCAUGAGUUAG